UAGCCAAGGGCAGUUCUACUGGGAUGGGAACUCUCCGAAUUGCUAACUGGCUGUUCUUGUUCACCGUCUGAAGAGACAUGAAGCCUGGAGGGUGUCUGAUUUUCCUUUUCAUGGGCAUCGUUUUGCUGGAUCUCGUAAUUGGCCAAGCUUCCCCCUUCAAGACAAAUAAGCACACCAAGCGGAGACUCAAAGAGAAAAAUGGUGACCUUAAGAGCCAAGUUGAGAAGCUUUGGAAAGAGGUAAAUGCACUGAAAGAAAUGCAAGCCUUGCAAACAGUCUGCCUUCGUGGAACAAAGAUCCACAAGAAAUGCUACCUGGUCUCUGAAGGUGCAAAACAUUUCCAUGAAGCCAACGAAGACUGCAUUGCCAAAGGUGGGACCCUAGCUAUUCCCAGAGAUGGAGAUGAAACCACAGCCCUGAGAGAGUACAGCAAGAAGAGCUUGCCAGGGGUGGCAGACUUUUGGCUUGGCGUCACUGACAUGGUAAACGAAGGCAAAUUCGUGGACGUCAAUGGAAUGGUCCUGAAUUACUUCAACUGGGACCGUUCACAACCCAACGGGGGGAAGCGUGAGAACUGUGUCUUGUUUUCUCAGCCAGGUGAAGGAAAAUGGGCGGAUGAGGUUUGUCGUACCAUUAAACGUUAUAUUUGUGAAUUCCUGAUCCCUUAGACCUCUUUCCAACCAUGGCUGUUGGAAGGUGUGCUGAAAUGACAGCUUGCGAGAUUUGCCAACCUUGAGGAAAAUAUCUAUUGCAAAAAUCUGGGAGUGAAGUUCUUAGCCACUCAUGGUUGGAGGGGGGGAAAAAUGGAAUUAUCACAGAUAGGCAGUUGAGUUGCAGUUUCUGGAGUUUUUCCUGAGAUUAGCUUGCUGUUUGAACACGGAUUUGAUGGGCCUUGAAUUGUAGCAGACAUACUCCUAAGAUCCCUUGUCUAGUUAGAGUGAGAUACGUUCAGCUUUGUCUAGUUAAGCCAAUGAGAUACAUUUUGCUUUCAGAUAAUGGUCUUCUCAUUACAUUAUUUUGCUUCUGAAUCAUUCUAAUUUUCUUUAGUUCCUUGAUCUCUCUUGUCCACCCCAGCUCAAAUUUUACAAUCUGGUUCUUGGUCUGAAUCUUGACAGACCAUCCUAUUUCUUGGAAAAUGAAUUCAUAUCUUGGUUAAACACUUUGGUUUGAUCGACUCACCGUCCCAUCGAUCAAAUGAAGAUUGAAAUGCUGUAUUGUCCUUGAGAGGCCAGUUUAACUUUUGUAGAGUAUUUUACUUUUAAAGUCCAAGUUUAAGGUCUUUAUCUUGUUAUUUUUGAACGAUUUCUAAUGUUUGAGAUAUAUCUUCAUCUAUAGAAAUGAAUGUUUAAAAUUAUUGUAGGAGAAGGACAAAAAACAAAUCUUGGAAUGGUGAAUAGCAUCUUAAGUUGUCAGUCAAUAGAUAAUGGUAGAUCUGGACAACCCUCGCCUUUGAAAUGUAAUCUCUCAACAUGCUUUACUGCUAGUGCAGAUAGAUCUUUUUCUAUAAACUUCAUAAAAUUUAAUAAAGUUAUUUUUAACAGCACUAAA